UCAUGACGUGUAGUAGCGUUACGUAAACCGUUGGGCGCAAAAAUUCAAACGCUGAACAGGAAGAAAAACUCCAGCUUUCUCUGCUUUUGUAUGCCAUAUUACAAAUCAUAACGAGUCGCAAUAAAACCACAUCGGAUUUUAGACAUUUCUAGCUAAGAUGAGCGCAGCCUCCACACCCGUCUCGCGGGUACGUCCAGGAUGGACGUUGUCCUCUUUAAAGAACAAGGGUCUGUCCCCUGCAGCCUGCAGCACCCCACUGCUGGCAGCCUUCCCCGGCAACGAUGACGAGCAGGAACGACGUCAGCGCAGAAGGUCAAGAGUCAUUGACCUUCAAGCUGCCACUGACUCCUCCUUCAGUGACUCUGCAUCACAUAGUGCUGCGGGAACUCCUGCUGCUGUGCCCAAGUUGUCAAAUGCACAGAUCUCAGAGCAUUACUCCACCUGCAUUAAACUCUCCACUGAGAAUAAAAUCACCACCAAAAAUGCCUUUGGGCUGCAUCUAAUUGAUUACAUGGCUGAUAUUCUCAAACAGAAGGAUUCUGAGCUCACAAACUUCAAGGUGGCAGCUGGCACUUUGGAUGCCAGUACAAAGAUCUAUGCUGUGAGGGUGGAUGCUGUUCAUGCUGAUGCCUACAGGGUCCUGGGUGGCCUGGGGGCCGAGACCAAACCUGGAGAAGACCAUGGUCAGAAGGAGGAGGACGGAGAUGAAGGGGUUGCAGGAGGUGAAGUGACUGCCAAGCAGCCGAAGAAAAAGAGGCCUCCUAAGAGGACAGUAGAGCAGAACCUGAGCAACAUCAAUAGUGCCGAGUCUGAGAGGAAGUGUGAGGUGGACCCCAUGUUUCAGCGGAUGGCCUCAUCCUUCGAUGAGAGCAGCACCGCUGGCGUCUUCCUGUCAGUCCUCUUCAGUGAGAACAGUCGCUGUGAGCUGCUGUUUCCCUCCUACAUGACCCUCCUGCAGUCCAGACCCUCUUACUCUCCUCCACCUCCACAGGGAGUCCCCGCAUCCCCGUUCAUGGCCGGACUGCAGCAUUCCCAGGAGAAAAGCUCCAUCUGCCCCUCGCUGCAGGACUUCUCCUUCACUAGCUGGAACCCUGAGCAGACCAUGAAUCAGCUCUUGGAGAAGAUGAAGCAGGGCGAACAUGUGUUUGACGUGAAUGCUGAGCCCGAGCCUGAGCCUGAAGAAGAUGACUGCCCUGACUUUGACGCUGACUAUGAGGAGGGACUGGGUGACUGUGAGGAGAGAUCCAAGGAAUAUAAGGAGGGUUGUGAGGCCUCUGGCUCAGGCAAAGGAAGGGAUGUGAUUCCCAUUGGAGAGGGAGACAUCGCCACUAUGUGUCUACAGCUGUCCUCUCAGCCCAGGGAGUAUUCAUACUUCAGCCCAAGGACCAUGGCCACGUGGGCUGGACCCGGCUACUGGCAGUUCAAGCCAAAGCACAAGUUGGACCAUUUGCCUGACAAAGAGACACGUAAAAGGAAGCCCAAGAAGACCUUUGAAAUAGACUUCAGUGAUGAUGUCAACUUUGACACCUACUUCCGCACCACGAGAGCUGCCACUACUAACAGCAAGUCUGCCCUCAGUGCCAGCAAUAAGAAAACAACUCUACCAGCAGACUUCCAGUUUCCCCCAGAGACGCUCUCCCAGCUCAGCCUCAAACCCUCCAGCUCGUUGAGUCAAGAAGGUCAGAAGAGGCUGUCUGGAGAGCUUGGAGAAGGCAUUGGAGACUACGACUACAACAAUGCCAACGACACAGCCAACUUCUGUCCAGGUCUUCAGGGUGGCGACAGUGAUGAUGAUGUCGAAGGGUUUGCCGGUUCAGAUGAUACACAGCCUUCAGGUGACAGUAUGCCUCCGCCCUCACAAGAUCUAGAGGGCAUCUCGACCUACGGGGAGGACGAUCUGGUACCUGAACCACACAGGGUCAACAAGAUUGAGAUCAACUAUGCUAAGACCGCAAAGAAAAUGGACAUGAAGAGACUCAAAAACAACAUGUGGACUCUUUUGACCGAAAGCCCAGAAAACCCCACAGAGGAGGUGGCGACUGUGGAAAAACCAGAGGUGUGUGGGGAGAAAGUCUUCAGUCAGACCACAAAGACGCUGCUUCAAAGAUUGCCAAACACGAUGGCUCAAAACCUGUCAGUGCCUCUGGCGUUUGUCGCUCUGCUUCAUCUUGCCAAUGAAAAAAAUUUGGAGCUGGUGAAGGUUGAUGACAUGUCCGAUAUCAUCAUCAGACAAGGCCACUGAGGAGAAAUGAAUGAUGGGAUGUUUUAUGGAGAAUCACUGCUAUUCUUUUAUGCUAUUCUCUACUUAUUCAUCUCUUUACUUUGUAUAAUAUCUGAUGUUUCUCUGUGACACUCUUUUAUUUAGAUUUUAUGAUGUUUUUAUUAAUUUUCUAGCAAAUACAAUAUGUAAUCAGGAACUGUUCAAAAGUCAAAUCUGCCUUUAUUCCUUGAAAGGCAUAACAUUUACAUUUCCUUUAAUUCUGUCUAUUGAUGCUUAUCCUGUGUGUAGAUUAUUUAACUGCUCAACCACCACACAAAAAAAUUAUAUUGUCAAAACAAAUAAAAGCCUUUUUUCUAAAA